CGUACCAGAAAAAUCUACUUUUUCGUAUUACUUUGAAGCGGGGAGACCGCGCGCACAAACGCUCACCUUGACUAUUAAUCCAGAUAUAGUACGAAACCGCGAAGAUAACGCGACAGUCGCGAGAGGCUCUACCAGAAUCGCAAUUUUUCCUUCACUUUUAUCUGCGUUUUUCAUCACAAUCGCUUCUCCUAUGGCCUAUGAAACAAUCAUUGUGAAGCGGUCCAACAACUGCGAUGCGGUUCGCCAUGUGCACGAGAGUUAUUGCACCAUCAAGUUCACUCUUUUUCUAACCACUCCGCGUUGAAUUUGUGGCUCAGUGAUGUGUUCUGAGCGAGCGUUCCAUCGCGUUAAAUACCCUUGAAAGUGUUGUCAAAAAGUCUCGAAGGCAAUGAAGUUUUCAAACGAGCUCGCAUUAGUGUUGAUAAGCACACAAAGUAUUCUCGGUCUCGAGACCUCGAAUUCUAGUGAAAACUUGGAACUAUUUCCCGGGUGUCACGUCGCUAUUUACGACCACGAGUUGCGGGUCAGGCUAGACGUGGAAAAAAUGUUUUCAGUCAGCGCGUUGCAAAGCAGAAGACACAAUCACGACGAGGACGAAAAGAAACCAGGAGGACUGAUGCAGGGAUUCGGAUCAAUGAUCGUAAUGAUUCCUCUUCUGAUGCAGAUACUGUCUCUACCGGGUGCGAUAGCAUCGAUAAAAAUGUCACUUCUAAAGUCGCUAUUCGUUGCCAAGCUCGCGUUAAUCGUGAUGCUGUUUAACACGCUGAGGAAUCAACGACCCACCGAAGUAGUCCUGGUCCAUCAAACACCACCGCAGCAUCACGAUCACUUUUAUCCUCACUUUCACGAAGACUAUGAGGAUGACGACAAAGGCUGGUUCGGAUGAACGGCUAACGGAGGCUCUUCCAGCUUCGGGGAAGGACAAAACAUCUCGCUCAUCGUUCUUCCAUGCCGAACGAAAAAUAGUUAUUUUUUUAUCAACCCCAAUAAACUAAGACUCUCUAGCUCAAGGAUAGUAAAUAAAACAGUGGCUCGUGUCGCUUACGACCUGAGUGGUUUUAAGUAUUAAUAGUUCGUUUGGUACAGCAGUCACGAUUGUUCAAUAAAUAGGUCGAUCGAGAACCUGCUCGUUGUUCAGUUUUACUUGACGUUACACCCGAAAACGAAACUCUAUAUUUGCAUCCACUUUAUAUUCAAAUUUCACAGUUUCGAUUCGACCUGACGCGAAAACAGAUUAGAAAAUGCAAAAAAUUUCGAGAAAACCUUUUUACAAGUACUGAACUUUGUGUGCAAUGAAAAUAGAAGGACUAAUCAUUUCGGAUUUUUUAGAAUUAAACUUUAAAAAAUCCAUCAAAUUCAACAGCUGAAGUGAAGUUUAAUUAUUAAAAGACACGUUACGAUGUCAUUAAGGUAUUCCUUUCGCAUGAGCGUAUUUUUUGGUGGUGCACAUUAAAAAAGCUUCUGCUUCUGCAAUUUUUCCAACUUUUAUCGUUAAUAUUUUUUUUAAGCAUACGGUAACCCUUUAUUUCUAAAGUCGCUGCGUCGAUUCCUUAAAUUUUUUUCCAUCUGUCAGACAGUUUGUAUCAG